AUGGGUUUCCAACAAUUCCAAGUCGGAGACAAACCCCUCACCGUCUUCGAUCUCGACGACCUUUGCGACUCCGCCACCGGACGCGCCCUCACCGGCGCGUGGGUCUGGCACUCCGCCCUCGUCCUCGCCGAGACCAUGACGUCACACUUCCGCCUCGGCCAGGACCAAUUCCCCAUAUUCUUCGGCAAGUCCGUCAUCGAGCUCGGCGCCGGCGCCGGCCUCCCGGGGCUGACGGCGGCUCUGCUCGGAGCGAGCCGCGUGGUGCUGACAGACGUCGUCGCGCUGCUCCCGGGGCUGAGGAAGAACGUUGAGGCGAACGGGCUCGGGGACCGAGUCGAGGUGAGGGAACUCGUGUGGGGAUCGGAGGAGUCGCUGAGUAGAAUCGGCGAGUUCGAUGUGGUUCUGAUGUCGGACGUGUUUUUCGACGCGGAGGAAAUGGCGGCGCUGGGGAGGACUCUGAGGACGGUGUGCCGGCGGAGAGGGACGAUGAUUUGGGCGGCGACGGAAGUGAGGCCGUGGACGGCUGAGUGUCUGAGCGAGUUGGAGAAGGAGGGGUUUGGAAUCGUUGAGUUGGCGAGUGGACUCCGGAGCUCGGCGGAGGGAAACGAGGGGAUGGAGUUGGGGUCGUUUGCGGUUUACAGUUUGGCAUUGCCGGAUGAGGAAGAUGGCCACGUGGCGGACCUUGGAGCUUUGAGUUGA